AUGAACGCCGUAACCAAUACUAUUAUCAUAACCUCGAAAGACGAAAAUGUGCUAGACCUGCUAGAGUACUUGCAAAGCUGGCUGCUGGAGCACAUACUGCGAAGAAUCGAGAUCACGGCGCAACACCCCAUGCAACUCAUCGUGUUGAGAAAGUUCAAAAGAGUUCUCAUAGUAUCACCCAAUCUGCAAGUAUCACAACAAGUCAUGUCCGUACCCAUGCAGCAUUCAUUAUGCAGAGCUUACUCACCACUAGACACCAACGAAUCUACAGACUAUCUAAAGGUUCCAAAGGCCCAAAAAAUGUUUCUUGUUUCGCCCCCCAGUUCGCCCCCACCCGAAUUCGACUACUCUCGAUGUGAGCAAUCACCCUCGGAAUCCACCCCUCCUGUUAGUCGGGAUCAGAGCAACCAAGGCCCUGUGACAAUCUUGAACAGUAGUGUCGCUAACAUAACUGUAUUUCCAUGUGCAGACGAGACCUCGCAAGAGGUCUUACGCAAGACCUACCGCGACGCAGACAUGGGCACCUAUCAGCCCACCUCUAUGCCACCAAAAUCCAUCUUCGACGACUCUGAUGAUGACCUCGAGUAG